AGGAAGCAACGCGUUUAUUCGGCUCCCAGUAGGCAAAAGCGCCGUUACGUUCAUCUCACACACGCCUCGGUCGUCGCGCCCCCCUACGGACAGCAUCCUCCCGUUUGUCUUGUGUGCGGAGUGCAGUUUCUUCUCCGGCGUUGUUUCCCAACAACCCCCACGACCGAGAGGAGCAUCCAGUGAGAGACCCAGGAACAUCCCUGAAACGUCCCGUUCUUGAUCACACACACCCCUGAGCGUGCGUUCCUCGUCGCAGCAGCAACAGCCAUGGCCCCGGUGUACGAUUUUCGCCACGUUGAAUUGGAUAAGAUUGGCCGCGGAAAGAGGGUGAUCAAGCCCCCUGGCGGCGACGACAGCGACAUCUUCGGCGUGCGCUCGCCGCAAGCGCAGGCGAGCGCCGAGCCGAGCACUCCGCGCAGGGUCAAGAACUACCAGCAGUCGUCCAUCUUCACGCCCUCCGAGGAGGACUUGACGCCGACGACGCCCUCUAGCGGCGCCAGCACGCCCACGCGGCGCCGCAUGAGCGACAACAGCCAGGAGCGCCUGUUCGGCGCCGAGGACGUGCCCACCCCGCGGCGCGUGGUCGACCGCAUGAAGUCCAACAUCUUCAGCGAGCUCGACUCGCCCGCGCCACAGGCCCCCGCCCCGGCGUCGGCCUCCAAGAAGUUCGUGUCCCGCAACCCGAUCACAGGCGACGUGUACCACGUCAAGCAAAAUGGCCACGGCGGCAUGAAUGGGUACAGCAGCAAUGGAUCGACUUCACCAGUGGACUCGCCGCCCAAUGGCCACGUGCAGUACGCUCCCGGGGGCAGGCCGUCGGGAGGCUUCUGAAAAGGCUACGGCGAGGACUUGCAGCCUCCGAGCUUCUUUCCGCCUUCCUCUCUACUCAGCGAGGCAGCGAGGGGCCAGAGAUCCGGUCGGCGGCUGCUUGGCACCGUCAGCGUGUUGUAGCUUUAGCCAGCCUUUUUUUUUUUUUUUAAUGCCGUCCUUGUCUGCGGUGGGGUCUUUCGCGGGGACAGCUGGAACAAAACUUUCCAGAGCAUCGUGCGCUUAUAAUAUACACACGUCUCGUGUCUCUAUAGCCCUUUUCGCGGGGUAUCAGGAGGAUCGUGCGAUAAGUCGUCACACCUACGAGGGUGGUAUUUUUUGUUUUUUUUUGUUUGUUUUUUGCGAAAGGGGUCGCGUACCCGUAGGUGUGGUCCGAGUAAUGUGUACGAGCCGCACUUUCUGUGUGUUUUGCGACAGCAAAAAAAAAAAAAAAACAUUCACUGAAAGUCCAGUAACGAGCGUGUUUUCCUAAAAGACAAACAGACGAGGAACUUUAAUGGCGGUCCUGCGAGGCUCCGAUGCCCCCCUUUUUCGGGGAGGUGACGAAGUCGCGGAACGCUCCCACGUCGGGACGUGAAGGCGGCGCCUCGCCGCUCAGAGAGAGAAAAAAAAAAAGUCUGUGGCCUCGAGGCAACAACAACCAAAAGCAAGCGAUGAAAAGCAACGAUUCGCCCUGCGAACGCGGCACAAGGCCCCCUGGUCGCCUACACUUUUAACGGCGCCGGUGACAAGAUGAACGGGAAAACUGGGGUCAAAGAAAACGAACUCUAUUUUGUGUACAUAUAAAGUGGAGUGGUAGCGAAUGUGUGUUCAACAGCAAAGUGAUGAGUAGUUUCUACAUGUACUUUUUUUUCUAAUUUUGUACUUCUCAACCCGUGCAGUAAGAAAAGGUGACAUGCGUGCUUCUUUUUUUUUUUUUUAUAGUCUCGCCCAAAGCUAUGUAGUGGUGUGAUCGUCUCAAAAUAGGCGUAGAGCUUCUUGUAGAGCCGCGCGCAUACUGUCUGUAGACUCCAUCCAUCUCGCGCUUUUUCUAUGCACUCCCGAGGUUCCUUCCUGGUCACGCCUCGAACGUCCACGAUCGUGGGACCUCGGCAGAUCGUGCCACGCGUACACCGAACCUUGUAUCCCCUACAUGUCUAUUUUCUCGGCUCUUGCAUAUUUUUUUUUCCUUCUUUGUUUUCAUUCGCUGUGCUCUCUUCUCUCAAAAUGACGCCGCACAAAAGUGUGUGUGCUGUACUACGAUUUGUAUCUCGCAGUAUUUUUAAUAAAGUAUUGAAACGCAACCUU